AUGCAAGAUUCCUUUGAUCAAAAGAAAAAGAGCAUUUUACUGGAAAUUUCUUCCAACAGUCCCGACAAUCUAGAUGCAUCACCGAAAGGAACAAUCGAUGAAUAUUGUCUUCCCAUAAUCAAUACGAUAAACAGUCAUGGUGAUAUGGUGACCACUUCAUCAUGCUCAGGAAGAGUAUCUAUUUUUCUCGAAGGUGUGAAAACAAAUAAUUCCACAUCAGUAGUAGCCAAGGGACAUGAAGGUCGUUGGCUUUUUGUCACUCAUGAACCGAACGAUUUGAAUAAUUGGUAUGAUUCUAUUGAUUUCAAAUACGAUACAUCCAAUUUUCCUAAAGAUUUCAGUUCACGGAGUAUACUAUAUAAAUUCGAACCUUUAAUAUUACAUGUAAAAUGUCGAAAUGAGACUAUGGCACAGAAGUUGUAUGUUUUGGCAAUGAAUAAUGGGUUUCGCGAGUCUGGAAUAGGAAACAAUUUCAAUGUUGCGAUUAGAAUUAAUAUCAAGUUGGAUAUUCCUAUCGGUUUUCAAAGUAUAGAUGGGGAUGAUUUGAAUUGUUUUGUUACUGAACAGUAUUUGAAGUAUAUCACCGACAUUUCCCACGAGAGGUUCAAGGAGAACUUUAAAAAAUUGGAACAGUUGCAUCGAGCAAUUGGAAGAAUGAUGGAAGAAGAAACUAAAGGAAUAGAAACUUCCAAAAAGAAAUAUAAAGAAUCCAAGGAAGAGAGACGACAACGUAUGAUCAAAGAAGGUUUGCAAAGACAACAAGAAUUGAGAGAACUAAAAGAAAAACAAGAGAAAGAACAAAAUGGGAUACAACAAGUAGAUACAUAG